GUGGAAUCUGGUCAUUCAAGCUGUCAAUGAAAGGCUCUAUCUGGCCACACGAGCAGCCUAAAUGCUGAGUGACCCGCACAUUUGCCCACAAGACAUUUAAUUAAAUAACAAAAAAAGCCAUAAGCCAGUCUAGGGCAACUGUAUUGUGGUGCUUUAAGAGUUGUCAUUAAACAGUUAAUUAUGAUGAUAAAUAACAAAGCAUGCAUAUGAAAUAUGUCCCCAUGGCACUCGCCUAAGGCUGGGCUCAGAUGGGUGAAUGUCUUGUGAAUUUUAGGUCUAUGCUGCAUUAACAUGACUGUCACAAUUGCUGGGAAUGUUUGUAAUAACAAACAUGUAUUUCCCUAUUGGCACUUGCCCAAAUGUAAGUCUGUUGAGGCUUUAAGGCAGUGUAAUCUAAGAGGAGCUCAACUGAACUGCUACAGACUGUGCGAUUAGCUCUGUUACCAGCAAUUUAUCUCAUGGAGAAUGUUGCAAUGGAAGAGCUUAUAAUCAAACAGAAGAAAAGUAAAGAGCUGGUAGAAGAAGCUAUCCGGUGCAAGUUAAAAAUAUUACAAAAUGAUGGUGUAGUCACAAGUUUGUGUGCCAACCCGAGAAAAACCGGCCAUGCUUUGUUUCUCUUGGGUGGACAGACUUUCAUGUGUGAUAAACUAUAUCUGGUAGAUCAAAAGGCUAAAGAAAUCAUCCCCAAGGCUAACAUUCCGAGUCCUCGCAAGGAGUUUAGUGCAUGUGCAAUUGGUUGCAAAGUGUACAUCACUGGUGGCAGGGGUUCAGAGAAUGGUGUUUCAAAGGACGUUUGGGUUUAUGAUACACUCCACGAAGAGUGGUCAAAAGCUGCACCUAUGCUAGUGGCACGGUUUGGGCAUGGCUCUGCUGAACUGAAGCACUGUUUGUACGUAGUAGGAGGUCACACUGCGGCAACAGGUUGUCUCCCUGCAUCUCCAUCUGUCUCCUUAAAACAAGUUGAGCAGUAUGACCCGGUAACCAACAAAUGGACAAUGGUUGCUCCACUGAGAGAAGGGGUGAGCAAUGCUGCCGUGGUUAGUGCAAAGCUCAAGCUUUUUGCUUUUGGAGGAACUAGUGUAAGCCAUGACAAGUUGCCCAAAGUUCAGUGCUAUGACCCCUCUGAAAACCGUUGGUCUGUGCCAGCUACUUGCCCUCAGCCAUGGCGCUACACAGCUGCUGCAGUACUGGGAACGCAGAUAUUCAUCAUGGGGGGUGACACCGAAUAACAAAAAAAGCCAUAAGCCAGUCUAGGGCAACUGUAUUGUGGUGCUUUAAGAGUUGUCAUUAAACAGUUAAUUAUGAUGAUAAAUAACAAAGCAUGCAUAUGAAAUAUGUCCCCAUGGCACUCGCCUAAGGCUGGGCUCGGAUGGGUGAAUGUCUUGUGAAUUUUAGGUCUAUGCUGCAUUAACAUGACUGUCACAAUUGCUGGGAAUGUUUGUAAUAACAAACAUGUAUUUCCCUAUUGGCACUUGCCCAAAUGUAAGUCUGUUGAGGCUUUAAGGCAGUGUUGAAGAUAGUCCAUUUGUUUUUCAUCUAACUGACUCGAUAGAGCCUAACUGGGAUAUAGUAAAAGUGAUCUCCAGGAGACCCACCUGCUACUCUUCUAAACUAGGCUGUUCCUCACCCAAGCAUAUGGCAUCAUACAGGUCAACAUGUGUUUGUUUCUUUGUAUGUACAAAAGUAUAUUUUGCUCAAGCCAUGUUAGAAUUUUCUCUCCCUGCAGUGCUACCAAGCCGAAAGGAACUCGUGACUGAGAUAUGCUGAGCACUUGUAAUUUAGCUGCUUGGCCUUUUGCACUGUUAGUAAAGUACAUCUAGUGUUAAAUUAGGCGUUGAAAAGUUAUCUUGGUAGUGCAACAUGAGGAGAGUAUAUCAGUUUCACUGCUCCUGUACUUCAUCUGGGAACCAGUCCGAAGUGUUCCUUACUUAUAGAUGGCAAUGAAGUACAAAGAUGACACACAUUACUCAUGUUUAAUUACACAUUUAAUGGUCUGAAAGGAUAUCAAGUCCUGUAAGCUGGUCCUUCUACUCACUGUCUUUUAGGUAUGGGACCUGUUAUCCAGAAUAUUUGGGACCUUGAGUUUUCCCGGAUAAGGGCUCUUUUCAUAAUUUGGAACUUCAUACCUAAAAAAAUAAUUUAAACAUUAAAUGAACCCAAUAGGAUUGUUUUUCUACCAAAAUGGAUUAAUUGGGAUACAUCUGAAGGUAUUGUUUUGUUAUUAGAGAGAAAAUAUGUUUUAAACUUUUGAAUUAUUUUAUUAAAAUGGGGUCUAUGGGAGAUAACCUUCCCAUAAUUCGGAGCUAUCUGGAUUAACGGUUUCCGGAUUAUGGAUCCUAUACGUGUAAUAAACACCUGUUCUUAUGGGUUGCACAUGGGACCUGGUGUCUGGCACUAAUGUAAUGAAAGGGUUGCAAGGAUAUUGGUCUCAACUAGCUCAUGCCCCAUAUCCAUGCAAUAUGACUGAGCUGCUUCUACUUUCUGACCAGUAAAAUAAUGGUCAAAAACAGUUUUAAGGUACCCAAGCAAAACCAAAAAGCAGAUUAAUACACCUUAAAAGAUUGAUUGUGGUUUUAUUGUUUUGCAGGCAGUAAGCACUUGUUGGGGGAGAGGUGUAAGACCCGUGCGUAUAUGCUACCAUGUUGUUAGGGACUGUUAUUCAGUUGCUCCAACUAAAAUUUGGUUGCAUUUUUCUCUCUGAGGCUGUUCACACUGAAGCAGUAGCAAAUGUGUUAUCUUUCCAGGCAACAGUUUACAACCCAACCCCCUACAACAGUGAAGUUACAUUGAAACUGCUCCACUUCUGUAGCUUUUUCUCUCUUUUUGGACUGGUCAGUCCAAAAACUUGUGCUACUUUUUCAAAACAACAUUGCAUGAAAGUUGUAAUUGUGAAUUAGCAUGAUCUGUAUAGUUCAGGUUGAUAGUAUAUAGCGCUAUGCCUUUUUCCCCAUUGUUUUCAUAUGGCACGGCACUACUGGCCUUUAUACUAAAUGAAACGGGCAUAUCAUUUUCCUAUCAUAUUUCAGGCGUAUCAAGUGUAAUUCCUGUGGUAUUUGUAUUUGGCCACAUGCAAAGUAGCUAAGGUGAAAGUCAGGGGGAUGGUAGGGGUGGCAGACUACUUGAAGGAUUUUGCUGAGCCGGGUCUUUUAUGUACCGUAUCCGAAGAGCCAGAUGAACUGGUUUUCCAUCACAUUAUUUAUUGAGCAAUACGUUUUUGCAAAAAAUUCACAUGCUUGUUGUAGUAGGAAAUGAACUGUUAUAGAAAAUAAACAGAGGAAAAUAUAGAACUGUUAUGGAAUAAACAGUUUUGAUUUGUACUGAGGGAUCAAACUUCAUUUAAUUUCUUCUUAUUGAUAGGCACCCAAGUCAAGUUAACAUAGAUUGUGGUUUGCUUAAUAAGAGGCAGAGUAAAUGGUGAUGAUAUUGAUUGAAUUAACAAAUGUCGAAUAAAUGUAUUUUUCAUUAUUAGCAUGGAGGAAUGAUCAGAAACCUA